CGCGGAAAGUGUUGGUUUGCUUCAUAAAUACCUCAACGCAAAUCAAAACCGCGUCACUUCACUUCACUUCCCUCUUCACACAAAAAUGGCGAAAACCAACGAAAUCGUGGCGGUGAUCGGAGAAUCCGAACCGCCACAAAAGCAACAACCCUCGCCAUUCCCAAACCUCUUCUCCUUCUUCCCCAAGUUCAACCUCCAACUCCCUUUCCUCCCACCAAAACCUAAACCUAGUUUUGGAGACAAAACCGCCACAACCACCCCUGAACAGCACCACAACGAAGAGAGUUCGAAUUCGAAUUCGAAGCGCAGCCUUGUACGGUUCCCGAAGACGCAACCUGUUGCUCCUCCUUCACCUCUGCAGGCUGAAGCUGACCCUGAGAGCUCUACCAAGACUUCCAAUCCUUUCAUACUGUGGCAGGUUUAUGCAUUGGGAGGGAUCAUUAUUUCGAAAUGGAUUUGGGCAAGGUGGAAUGAGAGGCAUGAGCGAGGGAAGGCUCCCAAUGAUGACAGGAAUGAAGAAAGGCCCUCUGAUGAUGAUGGUGGUAGUCAAUCUCUAGAUAAUAAUGAAUAGAUAUUUACGUUGGCUGUAUACAUUGCUGCUACUUCAAUAUUUUCAUUUCUCUCAGUGAAUGGAAAUCUUUCAUUUUCUAAAAAGAGCCAAAUAUUUUCA